AUGCCGUCCAUCAAGUGGUCGGUAGAGCCGACGUAUCCGUGCCGUCGGCCGCUCGAGCCCGACAAGUGUCGGGUCGGAGAGUUGGAGGGGUCGGCACAUCACGCGCUCGUCGGCGCACUCCGACAGUUGGCGUCACUCGUGAGGAUCGCUGAACGCGUGUUGGGAGACGUGACCGACGAGUGCCACACACUAUGCGAGCGGACACUACGGCUGAGGGCUCGGGUGGACCGCUGCCAACGCGCCGUCCACUCCAUGAACGCCCGCGCCGUACGAAUACCUGUGGGAAAUCUGAACGAUUUCAUGCAAUUGGAUACGUUUUACAAGUCUAAACAAACGGCGGACCAACAGCUCUUCAAACUGGACACCCGUCCCGUCUGUAUACGCGACGCAUACCUGUCCGCAGCCCUCACACCACUCCAUAUCAUCCGAUCCAUCGACUCGUACAGAGACGACGGCCGAAGCGGAUCCAAACUCUUUAUCUGUCAGCCAGUGUUCGCCGACUCUAGAAAACGGGUCAACUUUGAUAUCGAAACCCGACGG